GCACGCUACAUCGGAUCCGAUAUCUUCGCCGAUAUCGGACAUCGCGGAACACAAAACCUCGACAUGCAAAUCCGCGAGACACUAAAGAGUCCAACGGAUUGUCUCCGGGUGAAAUCGACGCCCCUGCGGAUAGGGAAGGCUUGUUGAGACACAAGCGUGGUGUUGUGCCUCGCCGAGCCCUGGGGCCCCGCGUCGACACCUUCGCUGGACCGGGCCCCGGCAUGCCUCACAAAGAUAUCUACCGAUGUCACUUCCGGCCUGGUCACGUGAUGACGCCACCUGAACCAGGCCACAGCGGCAUCAACCAACUGGGCGGCGUGUACGUAAACGGGCGUCCGCUGCCGGACUCCACGAGGCAGAAGAUCGUGGAGCUGGCACACAGCGGCGCCCGGCCAUGCGACAUCUCACGCAUACUGCAAGUCUCCAACGGAUGCGUCUCCAAGAUUCUUGGAAGGUACUACGAGACGGGAUCCAUUAGGCCUCGUGCCAUCGGCGGCAGCAAGCCCCGGGUCGCCACACCGGACGUGGUGGGCAAGAUCGCCGCCUUCAAGCGCGAGUGUCCCUCCAUCUUCGCCUGGGAGAUCCGCGACCGGCUUUUGUCCGAAGGCAUGUGCACCAACGACAAUGUGCCCAGCGUAUCCUCAAUCAACCGUGUACUUCGCAACCUGGCCGCUCAAAAAGAGCAACAGGCCGCGCAGGCCGUGCACAGCCACCAGGAAGCGGACGUGUACGACAAGCUGCGGGUGCUCAACGGCCAGGCAGCCGCUGCGGCCGGAUGGGCAGCGGCCGCUUGGUACCACGGCGGAGGGGGAACCGCCUUCGGAACAUCCUUGGGACCCACGGCGCCUGCGCAUGUUACGCAUCCAUCGUUAGCCGUUCUUGAGAAUGGACAGCAUCAUAAAAAAGAGCUGGAUGGAGUUGGGGACGGAGGGGACAGCACCAGCAGUUGCGGCGGUGGAGAACAGAACGGUUCCUCGGGGGACGACGAUGCAGCUGCUGCCAGGUUAAGGCUCAAGAGGAAGCUCCAGAGGAACCGGACUUCUUUCACCAUGGAGCAAAUCGAGGCGCUCGAAAAAGAAUUCGAGAGGACCCACUACCCCGACGUGUUCGCUAGGGAACGACUCGCCGCAAAGAUAGACCUCCCAGAGGCCCGAAUUCAGGUGUGGUUCUCGAAUCGUCGUGCGAAGUGGCGUCGCGAAGAGAAGCUCCGUAACCAGAGGCGUGCCGUGGAAACAGGAGGAGGUUCCUGCACCCCACCUUCAAGUGGGCGUCUAACCCUCAACCCCACGGGACUGCCUAGCCCCUUGUACCCUUCAAUUGGACAGUCCCACCUACAGGACUCCUACAGCAGUUCCAUCAGCCCCAUGUCCAGCUACAGCAUGGCCGGAAGCAUGGCAGCAGCGUCCCCGUCUUGUCUGCAGCAACAGAGUUCCUCGUACUCCUGCAUGCUUCCACCACCGCCUCCUUCGGCUGGAACGAGAUCUUAUGAGGCCCUUGGAGGACUCAGUGGCUAUUCCAGAGCUUCCUGCCACGGCGCGCAGAACCACGUCAUGCAACCCAUGAAUGGGCAGUACACGAGCGUCAGCAAUGGAACUACGGGUUCUACCGGGCUGAUAUCACCAGGAGUGUCUGUACCAGUACAAGUGCCAGGACAGGCAAACGACCUCAACAUGGCUGCAAACUACUGGCCCAGGCUUCAAUAGUGUCAACCCAUUCCGUAGGGUUCCGUGCCAAGAAUAGUUUCAUCUUCACGCUCACAAAUGCUGCCGAACUUAACCAGUUUUCAAGAAGGCUGUCCAAGAACGAAGAGGCUUAAAGCGAGCAUCACAUUUCAAAGCCAACUUCGGACUACUUUCUUGUUAGCUGCAGUAUCACAACUAUCCACGCUGAUAUGUCACCCAAAGAUUAUCAGUCCAAGGAAAUGCGAGCUAUGAUACGACAGUGAAAUGAGCCACCAACAUUCCGCCCUUUCUGAAAGGUCAGAUGGGACGCCACUCUGUUCUUAUUUUCUAGUCUAAAGCCCAUCAUCAGUGUAGAAACCAGCCCCGGAAAAGAAGCACGGCGCUAUCUUCUGAGUGUCAUCGCGGAAUGUGCUCAUAUAGCCCUUCUGCAUCUUCAUUUCUUCACGUCAUAUAUGCCACGCGCGGAGGACGUUUAGAUAUACCAAGGACCUGUGAUAAACGUCAGGAUUGUGCUGUUGAUAUAAACUAUCAUUGCCAUCGUCAUUUAUCAGUUUUCGACUUGCGUUUCUUGAUUUUUUUUUUUUUUUUUUGCUGUGUACAGGGUGAUGGUUCUCGCAGUCCAUGUGCUUUCCGAGUGUCAGUAUUUU